CUCUCUCUCUCUCUCUCUCUCUCUCUCUCUCUCUCUCUAACACCAGUCCACUGUACAUGAUGAGCCAUACCAUCAUCAAUGUCGGAUCCUCCACCUCCGCGUGCCAUUCCCGAACCACUUCAUCCUCGGAAUCCUAACAAUAGGCACCGUCUGCCGUCGGACAUCAAAGAUAACUCGGCGUCGUCGCCAGCUGCGUCGGUAGGCAAGCUCAGGAAGAUCCCUCCGAUCCCAAUCCACCGAGGCCAACACAGAGAAGGCGCCGCAGAGGCGAGGGACAGUGAAGAUGAUGAAGAGGAGUUGCAUUCGUCGCCGAUUCUCGCGUCCUCGCUCGGCCUCAACCACAUUCGGAUCAAAUCUGCUCCGUCGCCGCUGCGGUUCUCAGCUUCGGUUCAAUCGUCUUCCAUCCCUUCCAAUAAUGGAAAAAUCGAUACGCUUCACCAGCCACCAAGUUCCUUGGGGCAAGGGAAAACGAUCCAGCGAAAUCAUUCAAAAUCCUUGAAAUUUCCAUCAGCGAUCAAUUCAGGGUUGAAGGAUCAUCAUGCUGCUUUUGCCAAGGAAAUCCAAUCUCCACGUUUUCAGGCUAUACUGCGCCUUACAAGUGGACGUAAGAAGAGGACCACAGAUAUUAAGAGCUUCUCCCAUGAACUCAACUCCAAAGGAGUACGGCCAUAUCCAUUUUGGAAGCCUCGUGCAGUAGGGCAUAUGGAGGAGAUCAUGGUAGUUAUAAGAGCAAAGUUCAACAAAUUGAAGGAAGAAGUCAACGGUGAUUUGGGUGUUUUUGCUGGAGAUUUGGUGGGUAUACUUGAAAAAUCUGCAGAGUCUCAUCCUGAAUGGAAAGCGAGUUUGGAAGAUCUUUUACUUGUAGCCCGACAAUGUGCAUUGAUGUUGCCUAAUGAGUUUUGGCUGAAAUGUGAAGGUAUUGUUCAGAAUCUAGAUGAUCGCCGUCAAGAACUACCUAUGGGAAUCCUCAAACAAGCUCAUACACGCCUUCUCUUUAUCCUUACUAGAUGCACCAGGCUUGUGCAGUUUCAGAAGGAGAGUGGUUAUGAAGAGGAUCGUGUUCUGGGACUUCACCAACUUAGUGAUCUUGGAGUCUAUCCAGAACAAGUUCUCAGUGCUCUGCAACAGGACUUCAGCGGCCCAUUGGGUGGGCAUGAAGUGAAUGAGAAGCAUACAAAGAAGUUGCAUGGGCAGGCCCAAAGUGGCUUGAUUACAAAGCCAGAGCAUUUAUAUCAAAAUUUAAGUUUUGGAGCUGAUAAUUUGGAAGCUGCCACUGCAACCAGUGCUGAUUCACCCGCAAGCAGUUAUAGGAUGUCGUCUUGGAAGAAACUUCCAUCUCCCGCUGAGAAAAACCAUAGGAAAGGCUAUGAUGCAUUUGAUUCCCAUUCUGAGGAUAGUUCAGACCAAUUGCAAGUUAAAAAAGAUGGAAUAAAAGCUAACACUGAUGAUGAUGCUGAAAAUCUUGAUACUCUGGUGUGUCCUGAACAUUCGGAGGCAUAUACAGAAGUACGGAGAGUUUCUUGGGGACUUUCGGGGGAUCAACAGAAUGCAGCAAACGAAGAUUUGAUGAUCUGUCGUAUUUGUGAGGUUGAAAUACCAACUGUACAUGUAGAGAAUCAUUCUAGAAUAUGCACAAUUGCUGAUAGAUGCGACUUGAAAGGAUUAACUGUAGAUGAGAGGCUUGAAAGAGUUGCAGACACCCUUGGAAGAAUACUGGAGUCAUGGACGCCAAAAAGCACAGAUACUGUAGGUGGAACCCGUGAAGUUGCAAGAGUUUCUACAUCUGAUGUACUUGAGGAGUUGGAGUCAUCAUUGCGCAAGCAGAAUGGUUUGUCUUGCCAAUGCUCUGAAGACAUGCUUGAUUGUAUCUCGGAAGCUGAUAAUGCUUUUGUCAAUGACCCGAAUGUUCCAGACUUAUCAUGUGAAGCACAUUCAAUUUUGACACCUGGAUUAGGUACAAAAGGCUCAUCUGCUGGGAGUUUGACCCCUCGAUCACCAUUAUUAACACCACGAACUAGCCAGAUAGAAUUGCUGUUGAGUGGACAGAGGACAAUUUCAGAGCAUGAGAAUUUUGAGCAGAUACUCAAGCUAUUGGAUAUUGCUCAUUCUGUUGCCGAUGUAAACAAGAAUGACUACAGUGCAUUGGAAUAUAUGCUUGACCGCCUAAAAGAAUUAAAAUAUGUUAUCCAAGAUAGAAAGGCAGAUGCCCUUGUUGUAGAGACCUUUGGGAGACGUAUAGAGAAACUACUGCAGGAGAAAUAUGUACACCUUUGUGGUCAGAUAGAAGAUGUCAAAUUGGAUUCAUCAGCAGUCGUGGCUGAUGAAGAUAGUCCAAUGGAAGAUGAUACAGUUCGUAGUCUGCGGACAAGCCCUAUAAAGGGUUCUAAGGACCGAACAUCUAUAGAAGAUUUUGAAAUCAUAAAACCCAUUAGCAGAGGGGCAUUUGGGCGAGUUUUCCUUGCUAGAAAAAGGGCCACUGGUGACUUAUUUGCUAUAAAGGUUUUAAAGAAGGCAGAUAUGAUUCGUAAAAAUGCAGUUGAAAGUAUUCUGGCUGAGCGUAAUAUUCUAAUAUCAGUCCGCAAUCCUUUUGUGGUCCGGUUUUUCUACUCCUUCACAUGCAGGGAAAAUCUUUAUCUAGUCAUGGAGUACCUAAAUGGAGGAGAUCUUUAUUCUUUGUUGAGAAAUCUGGGUUGCUUAGAUGAAGACAUGACCCGUGUAUAUAUUGCAGAACUUGUUCUUGCUUUGGAGUAUUUGCAUUCCUUGAAUGUCAUUCACAGAGACUUGAAGCCAGACAACUUACUAAUCGGUCCUGAUGGUCACAUUAAGUUGACAGACUUUGGGCUCUCCAAGGUUGGUCUGAUCAACAUCACAGAUGACCUGUCAGGUCCAUCAUUCAGCAGUACUGCUUUUAUUGGACAGGAACCAAAAACUACUGCAGUACAACAAUCAUUAAAGAGAGAGCAGCGCCAGAAGCAUACUGUUGCUGGCACGCCUGAUUAUUUGGCUCCUGAGAUACUUCUUGGCAUGGGACAUGGUGCAACGGCUGAUUGGUGGUCUGUGGGUGUCAUUCUUUUUGAGCUGCUUGUGGGUAUUCCACCAUUCAAUGCAGAACAUCCGCUGCAAAUAUUUGACAAUAUUAUGAAUAGAGACAUACCCUGGCCCAGGAUACCUGAGGAGAUGAGCUAUGAGGCAUAUGAUUUAAUUGACAAAUUGCUUAUUGAAAAUCCAGUUCAAAGGCUAGGGGCAACAGGGGCCAGAGAGGUGAAGCGGCAUCCAUUUUUCAAAGAUAUUAAUUGGGAUACGGUUGCAAGGCAAAAGGCCAUGUUCAUACCAUCAGCAGAAGGUGAAGAUGACACAAGUUAUUUUACUAGCCGAUAUAUAUGGAAUCCGGAAGAUGGACAUGUCUACGGAGAUAGUGACUUCGAUGAUAUGACAGAAACAUGCAGCAUUUCAUGCAGCAGCGGAUCGUUCAGCCAUCUACUCGAUGAAGAUGGUGAUGCAUGUUGUAAUUUGGCAGACUUCAGUGCUGCUCCACCCCUUGACGUGAUGUACUCAUUUAGUAAUUUCUCGUUUAAGAACUUGUCUCAGCUGGCUUCUAUCAACUAUGACCUUGUUGUGAAAAGUUCUAAGGAAUCCCCAGAAGCAUCUGAACCGCCUGUCCAGUGACAAUGAAGAUAGAUGCUUGAGAAGAAUCUCCAGAAGCACCUAAAUCGCCUGUCCAGUGACAAUGAAGAUAGAUGCUUGAGAAGAUACAUACACACUCAAUAUGAACUUAAAGGCUUCCAUGACAAUUUUCUGCUCCCCGCGUUACUUUCACAUUCCAGACAACCAGUACUCCUAUGUGUGUGUGCCUUAGGAGAGACCUCGUCUGAAAGGUUCAAGAAGAGACUCAUCUGGUGUGAUAUGAUUUCAUUUUUGAGGCCAGCCGUUGAUUUUCUAAUUAAGAAAAUGGGUUGUCUGCUGGAUGUCGCCUGUCCAUUCCAACCGUCCAUUCUUAAAAUUGGGCUGUCGAAACUGGCGAUAGUUCCGCUCGAUCUCCGGUUUUCUAAUUUACAUGCACAAAAAUCAUUUCUUAGACUCUGGCGAUGAUUCUUUUUUUUCAGCUACUUUUAUCUCUUUUUCCCCCCACACUUGUGUAUACAUGCUCUAGCAGUGGGAUGUAGUCUUUGUUACAAUCAGCAUAUAUGUAGGAACUUGUAAAUUAAUUAGUCCUUAGUUAUAAUCUUCAUUUAUCUCUA